AUGAGAUAAUUUAGCUGCUUUAUUCCUAACCUCUUUGUUUGUUGAAAAUUGUGAUAUUUAUCUGCCAAAAUGCAUGGGACAAUUUUAUUGGUGUGUUUAUUUAUUAGUGGUUGUCUAGCGAACCCUGAUGCGAAGAGACUUUAUGAUGAUUUGCUGAGUAAUUACAAUAGACUGAUUCGUCCCGUCGAUAAAAAUAACAACACCGUAUUAGUCAAGUUGGGUCUACGAUUGUCUCAACUCAUUGACUUGAAUUUAAAGGAUCAGAUCUUAACAACUAACGUAUGGUUGGAACAUGAAUGGGAGGAUCACAAAUUUAAGUGGGACCCAUUGGAGUAUGGCGGAGUUAAGGAAUUAUAUGUCCCUUCUGAACAUAUUUGGUUGCCGGAUAUCGUCCUUUACAACAAUGCUGAUGGUGAAUAUGUGGUGACAACCAUGACAAAAGCUGUACUCCAUCACACCGGCAAAGUUCUGUGGACCCCACCAGCUAUCUUCAAGUCUUCCUGCGAGAUUGAUGUACGCUACUUUCCGUUUGAUCAGCAGACCUGCUUCUUAAAGUUUGGAUCUUGGAGUUACGAUGGUGACCAGAUCGACCUAAAGCACAUAAAUCAAAAGAAAGGAGACAUGGUGGACGUUGGAAUCGAUCUCCGGGAGUAUUAUCCUUCAGUUGAAUGGGACAUAUUGGGAGUACCAGCUGAACGUCACGAGAGGUACUAUCCGUGUUGUCAGGAGCCCUAUCCAGAUAUCUUCUUCAACAUAACUCUUCGUAGGAAAACAUUGUUUUAUACUGUCAACCUUAUAGUGCCGUGUGUAGGCAUAUCAUAUUUGUCUGUACUGGUAUUCUACUUGCCAGCAGAUUCAGGAGAGAAGAUAGCACUUAGUAUAUCUAUUCUUCUAUCUCAAACUAUGUUUUUCUUACUAAUAUCCGAAAUUAUACCGUCGACAUCCCUAGCUCUGCCUUUAUUAGGCAAAUACCUACUAUUCACAAUGUUGUUAGUAGGGCUGUCAGUCGUCAUAACAAUUAUAAUAUUAAACGUGCAUUACCGCAAACCGAGUACUCAUAAAAUGGCGCCGUGGGUUCGGAAGUUCUUUAUAACAAAACUCCCAAAAUUGUUACUGAUGAGAGUACCAAAGGAUUUGUUGAGGGAUCUAGCAGCGCAGAAGAUAGCCGGUAGAAGUAUGAAGAAGAACAAGUUCAAAGAUGCCUUGGCAGCUGCUGACCAGACCAACUCCAAUGCUUCAAGUCCUGAUUCAUUAAGACAUCAUCUACCUGGUGGAUGUAAUGGACUGCAUUCUACCACUGCUACAAACAGAUUCAGCGGUUUAGUGGGUGCAUUAGGAAGUCUAGGCCCUGGUUACAAUGGACUGCCUUCAGUGAUGUCAGGUCUGGAUGACUCGCUGAGCGAUGUCGCACCUCGUAAGAAGUAUCCGUUUGAAUUGGAAAAAGCUAUACACAACGUCAUGUUUAUACAACAUCACAUGCAACGACAAGAUGAAUUCAAUGCGGAAGAUCAAGACUGGGGCUUCGUGGCUAUGGUUCUGGAUAGAUUAUUCCUAUGGAUUUUCACCAUUGCCUCCAUUGUCGGCACAUUCGCUAUCCUCUGUGAAGCUCCAUCUCUGUACGAUGAUACUAAACCCAUAGAUAUGAUCCUUUCAUCUGUGGCCCAACAGCAAUUCUUGCCAGUUGACAGUGGGGAUUCUCAGUAUGGAAUAGAUAGAGCUGACAAUAUGAAAAAUACUUAAAUAUUUUAUAAUGCAUUAACUACAUAACAGCACUAUGCAUAUAAGUAAAUAAACUUUAGUAGGUAUAUGGAAUAGUUGAUCACGAUCAAGCAGCGGACACUUACAACGGCAUAGUCCAAAAUUUCAUACAUAAAGGAAAGGAAAUAUAACUUUUCAUACAAAUUAUAGGAUCAUGUGAUGAAAUCUUAUGCAUUUUUGAAUCAUUUAUUUACGUUACAAUAUAUGACUGAUUGUAAUAGAAAUAAAUGUUUUCAAAAUCUUCGUUAUUGAACGUGCUCAUAAAAUUUUCAAAUUUCGAAUUCAUAUUGAGCGCUGGUAUUAAUAUAUUCGAAAUUUGAAAUAAUUAAUAGGCUAAGGAUAUAUCGCCAACACGUUUAUAGGAGCGCUUUCAAGUGUUGGGUAACACUGGUAAGUAUAUAUUAUAAUUUCGAUACAUUUGUUAAUAUUAAGAUAUCUGUAGCACAAAUUUUACCACUAGUAAUUAAUGUAACCUAUAAACCAAUUAGUUACCAACCGUACAAAAAUAUAGACUGUAUACCACAACAAAGCAAAUAAUAUUUAAAUAUUGUGAAGGGAUAUUCGUAUUUCGAAUUUUUGUGUGUAACUUUUAUAAAGGUUUGAUUUAUAAAAAUUAUUGAAUCGAGUUCACAUUGAGAGCGCGCGUUGGUCCGUGUUGCAGUUUUCUCAUGCGUGUUAUUGAUUGAUGUGUGUUAUAUUCACACUCACUUAUUCAUAAAAACGUCAUACUUGUAAUAAAUCUAUUUCAGCUUUUGUCUGAAUUGUUGUGUCCAUUUCCCUUCCAAUGGUAUUCAUAACUAGAUGUGCCCGCGACAUUGUCCGCGUGGAAUAAAAGACGAAUGACGAAUUUCCAUACAAUUUACCUUUUAUUUUAUUUUAUUCCCUUAAGGGUAAAAAUGACGAUAAUCCCAUGUAAUAAAUCCUUUCCAUAUAAACGAUAUGAAAGGUCUGGCAGUAUCCUUCUUUU